AUGGACAACGACAACGAGGAAAGACCUAGGAAAUUGGCUAAGCGGGAUCACGACGAGGGAGAGGAUUCUGCGCAUUCUGAGCUUGUGCCCGCUAUGACUGGUGCUGUGAGCGCUGAACCGCAAGUUGCGGCCGUUUCGUCGAUUGAAGAUGCGAACAAAGAACUCGCCGAAAAACCCAAUAUUAAUACCGAUACCAAUACUAUUCCUGGGACGGAUGGUAAUGGACCUACAAACAUCGAAGCGACAGACGAUGGCGAGCCGAAAAUGUCUAAAAACCAGCUUAAGAAGCUCCGCCGACGAGAACAAUGGGAACAAGGUCGCGACAACCGGAGAGAGAUACGGAAACAAAAGAUGGCCGAGAAGAAAGAUCGUCGAAGACAAGCGGUCGCCGAAGCCCGAGAGAAGGGUGGUGAAGAAGCCGUGAAAGCACUUCUGAAAAGCUGGGAGAAGACCAAACACGAAGACUCUCAAUUACUCCCGAUGUCAAUCGUCAUUGACUGCGGCUACGACGAAUUGAUGCAUUACAAAGAACGAAUCUCGCUAGCCAGUCAAAUGACACGCUCAUACUCAGACAACAGCCGCGCACGUUUCCGAACCAACCUGAUGUUCAGCUCUUUCGAUAAACUACUCAAAGAGCGAUUCGACACUGUCCUUGUUGCUCAUAAGAAUUGGAAGGGGGUCAAGAUUAUCCAGGAAGAUUUCGUACAUGCUGCUGAGAUCGCGAAGGAGACUAUGGCUUCGCCGCGUGGUGGAAAGCUUGUUGGUCAUUUUGCUGAGAUGGAUCGCAAGCCUGAGGAUGGUGAGGUUAUCUACCUUAGCAGUGAUAGCGAGAAUACGUUGACGGAACUUAAGCCGUACGACACCUAUAUUAUUGGUGGUCUUGUGGAUAAGAAUCGACACAAGGCUAUCUGCUACAAGAGCGCGUUGGAGAAGGGUGUUAAGACCGCGAAGUUGCCUAUUGGUGAUUAUAUUCAGAUGGCAUCUCGUCAGGUCUUGACUACCAACCAUGUUGUGGAAAUAAUGCUUAAGUGGUUGGAGUUACGUGAUUGGGGUGAGGCGUUUUUGAAGGUUCUGCCUCAGAGAAAGGGUGGGAAGUUACUAGCCAAGUCUCUUGAGGCUGGAGAUGGUGGUGAGGUGGAAGACGACGACGACGAUGAAGAAAAUGAAGAAGAUCAGAUUGCGGCUGUCGAGGCCGCAUUGGAUGCUGAACCUGCUGCGGAAAACCUUUGA